AUGUCUUUGCCCAACUCAGAGAACGCCUCCACCCUGGAGAACGCCAUGCAACUCUUGAUCCAGACCUUCCAUAAGUACUCUGGAAACGAGGGGGACAAAUACACACUGAGCAGGGCUGAGCUCAAAGAGAUGCUUACCACAGAGCUUGGCAACUACCUGGGGAACGCCCAGGAUAAGGAGGCGGUCGAUAAGGUUAUGGGAGACCUGGAUUCCAACAACGACGGGGAGGUAGAUUUCACCGAGUUCAUCAUACUGGUCGGAGCUCUGACUGUAGCCUGCAACGACUUCUUCCUGGAGUACAACGAAAAGCAAGAGAAGAAGAAGUGAACGGCCUCGGGACAAGGU